CAAAUCAAUAACACUGCCUCACGUGUCGGGGAGUGUGCUUGCCUGUAAAGUCUAUCCACAGCAGACGUGAUUUCGGGAAUUUACUCUGCUGCUUUUGCUUAAGUACAUGUUUGUUGUGAAUCGGAAUAUCAAUUUACAUACGGAUGAGAGUGACAUAUGACUAAUAUGGGUCCUAUACAUCAUCAAGAAUUAGAUGACGAUGCUGUCACAGAGGGAAUUGAAGGAAGUAUGAUUGAUAAUGGGCCAAGCAUUUCUAGGUGCUCCACACCAGACAACAAAGAAGAUCUGUGUAUUGUCAGGCGGACUAAUGUCUACACUGGCCAACACAAGACAGGGAGAAAGGAGCAAGAUUCAGAACCUUGGAUAGGAUACCAUCGGAUAGGCUGGCCCAGUCAGGAGUACUCACCUCGCCACCCCACCCAGCAGGUGCUCAACAUCCUUCACCAGCAACAGCAGCAGCAGCAGCAGCAUUUGUUGUCGCAGUCGUCCUCAUGGCUGAACCCUUCAAGCAUGUCCUCCUUACUGCGGGAGGGUCCAGCAUUCAGUGGAGGGGAAGCUUCUACAGAUAGCUCCAGCUAUUCAGAGGUUGAUUCUCUUCAUCACAGCAAUGCACAUUCAAGGAGCAUGAGUGCAGCAAGAGGUAAAGCUAUCUCCACACCAUCAUCUUCAGGACUUGUGGAUGAACAGAGCCUGCCUGUUACUUCGGCCCCAGCUACAGGAGUGUCAUGUGUUCCCUUGCCAGUCCAGUGUGUGACUGACGCCAUUGACAUUAACUACCAGGACAGUUGUGACCACAGAGACCGCAACUUGCUCAAGAGGAAGUAUUCAUUGAGCAAGAUGGAGUCCGCAUCCAGUUCCAGUCCAAAGCAGAUUCAUCUGGAUGAUUCUGUACAGACUGAGAAGAAGAAGCGUUUUGCUCGGACAACUGAAGCUUUGAAGAAGCUGGGCUUGUGGGAGAUCGCAAUGAGGACUGGCGAAAUGAUUAUCCAGAAUCGGGCACUUCAGCAGGAGUUGACCGAACUGAGACAAGAAUCAAAGCAGCUGAUGCGAAAUGUGUUGAAAAAUCCUGAAAAUACAAGUUUGAAACAGGCUCUCCUCACUAUGCAGGCACAGUUUUAUGCCCGUAAACACAAGUCCUUUGAGAAUCACAAUAUUUCUAUCAAAUCUUCUUGAUUGGCAUUUGUCUCAGUUCUCUAUUCACCUUCAUUUGCAUAUCAUUUGCAUACCAUUACCACAUCACUGGGCGUUUGUAGAUAUCUAUAUCUGUUUUCAUAGUAUGUGUGAGAGUCCACCUUUGUAGGAUCUGAACAGACUUGUUUUGUUUGAAUAUGUUCAAGUUUGAGAUGUACAUAAUCUUUCAACUGUUGUAAAUUUUGAUUGUAUUUAUGCUUUUUGUUAAUUAUGUCAGCAUGCCACCCCACCUCCAUGAUUUUUUCAAAAAUACAUUCAUCACACUGGUACAUGAAGCUUUUUAAAUAUUUUGAUUGCUGUGACUUUUCAAUUUAUGAAUUGGCAUUUUGUUAACAUGAUUUUUCUUAUUCAGUUAUGAAAUCUGAUUCGUUAUCUUUUCAAAAUACCCGGAAAGAUAAUUAAUAUUUACAUGUCCCACACUGGUACCCUACUUUAUCGGCCCCUCCCACCCCCAUUUCAACAGUUCAUCCCACAUCGGUAUCCCACACCUGUUACCCCUUAAACAGCCCCUCCCUCUCACAUCAGUACACCACUUUAUCGACCCCUCCCACACCUGUAACCCCCUUAAAAAGCCCUUCCCUCCCACAAAGUUACCCUACUUUAUAGACCCCUCCCACACAUGUAACCCCCUUAAACAGCCCUUCCCUCCCACAUCAAUACCCCACUUUAUCGACCCCUCUCACACAUGUAACCUGCUUCAACAGCCCCUCCCUCUCACAUCGGUACCCACUUUAUCGACCUCUACUACACCUGUAACCCCCUUAAACAGCCCUUCCCUCUCAUAUCGGUACCCCACUUUAUCGACCCCUCCCACACCUGUAACCCCCUUAAACAGCCCUUCCCUCUCACAUCGAUACCCCACUUUAUACUUUAUCGACUCCUCCCACACCUGUAACCCCCUUAAACAGCACCUCCCUUUCCCAUGCGUACCCCACUUUAUGAGCUCCACCCACGCUAGUGCCCGCUGUAUUAAUCUCAGGAAACCGGCUUCAACAGCCCCUCCCUCCCACAUUGGUACCCCACUUUAUUGACCCCUCCCACACCUGUAAACCCCCUUGAACAGCCCCUCCCUUUCCCAUGGGUACCCCACUUUAUGAGCUCUGCCCUCAUUAGUACCCGCUGUACCGGUAUUAACCUCAGGUAACCAGCUUCAACAGCCCCACCCACACUGAUACUUUGCUCUCCUCAUGAAGGAUCAGUGAUGGUAAAGUUUACAGGUGUUGCAACAAGAAAUAAUAUUGGUAUGUCCAGUUUGGGAAGACUUCUCACAAGUUAACAUUCAAUAUCUAUUUCCCAUGUUUAUAGAUUUUGUGACAAGACUCAUAGCAACAAAAUAUGGAGUUGAAUGUCGGGACAUUAAUCAAUAAACUGCUAGUGGACUGUUGCUGUACUUGGCUUUAGUCAAUGAUGAUCCAUGUUUUGGAAAGUACUUUCAGAGUUCCUAUUCACUGAAACUGACAAACAUACUUUGUUGUGAAUGCCUGUAUUAUAAAACUACUACUUUGAGAGGCAUUUAGAAGUUUAGCAGUAAGGAAGGAUAAGAAUAUCAAGCAAGUGAUGAUAAUGGUGUUAGAACCUACACCAAAAUGCUGCUCAGGCUGUAAUAAAGUCGUUCAUCCAUAUAUUGUUAUCCUUCCUUAUAUUAAUGCUACUAAUAUUAAACAUACCUUAUAUCAGUAAGUUUUCAAGAAAUUCAUGGUACAGUAGAUGUUUAAAUUAGUUCACAAUUGUCCUUCGUGUUAAGUCUUAGUGUAGCCCUAGUUUAGCUACCUAGUGAUACCACUUCAUUUAUUAUUCACUUACUGUUGUGGAGGCACAUCAUUGGGACUCACGCUGAGUGCUAGUUACCUUCUUAUUGUCAUACAAUAUCAUACAGAUGUCAGGGGGGACAGUGGGGUAGCCUAGUGAUUAAAGCAUUCGCUUCUCAAAGUCGUCAAACCUGAGUUCGAUUCCACACAUGGGUACAAUGUGUGAAGCGCAUUUCUAGUGUCCCCCUCUGUGAAAUUGCUGGAAUAUUACUAAAAAUUGGCAUAAAACCAAAUUCACUCUCUACAGAUGUCAGAUGAUACUUAGAGGUCAUACCAUUUUGUGAUUAUUAAUCAUGUUAAACUUUGAGAAUCCUUUAAUUAUCCACCUGAGCACUUUGUGGACACUGGAUUUUCUAUCUUUUAUCUUUGGGACCUUCAAUUUUCUAUCUAAGCUAUUGGUUGAUCCGUGAUGUUCUAUCUUUGCCCUUUGGAAGCCUUUAUUUUCUAUCUUUGGGACCCUUAAUUUUCUAUUUUAGCCCUUUGGGGACCACUUAUUACCCUUCAUAAUGUUUGUGAAUGUGCUGAAGAUACAACUACCACCCAUUAUCUGCCAUUCUGGUAAACCAGAUUUUCAGGGAGUAGUUACCAGUUUCAUACUAGUGCUGUCAAAUUCAAGAAACCUGCUUUUUGUCUUCUUUAGUCAGCUUCUUGUGAAUCAAUUUAUUGGUGUGUCAAAGUGCACAAAUGUUGGUUCUGAGGUGACUUGUAAUGCGUUCCUUGUUUUCUGACAGAGAACUAAGGUCUGAUUUUAAUGAGAUUCCCUAAAGAUAAUUUUUUUUAUGUCAGAUUGGUGUAUUCCUGUAAACUCCUAAAACAUUUACUUUGUUUAAUUGCUGGGUUGAAUGUUUCUUAUUUAUUGUCAUGUGAUACUAUGUCUUCAACUGAUGUCGUUACAUGAUUGCUGAUGCAGCGUUCACUCACAUUCACUCACUCACUCACCUUAAAUGUGAAUAUAUUAUGUUUUGUGCAGUAUCUAUUUUAAUUUUUGUGCCAGACAAGUUAUAUUUCUUGUUUUACAGAUCUUUAGUCAUUUAUGACUAUUGAAGCCACUAGUGGUGGUCCAAUUAAUUGAAAUAAUCGAAGAUUGGUCGCAAUGACUAAACGACCAAGCAAUCAAUCAUGUUUUGUCAUAAUCGAACA